AUGAGCAACGAAAACGGAGACCCCGAGUCUCAGGGAGACGCCGCAGACGGUCCACCCAGUUUCAUUCGUCGCCGCCUUGGCCGUAUGCAGAAUAUCCCCAUCGGCCCUGGUCACAAGCAAAACCUCCACGUUACAACAUCCCGAGGAAGAAUCUACUUACUGGAUCAGUUCAAUGAGAAGGUGCCAGAGCCCGUCAAGAACCAUGCAAUCGCUGUUCUCUCCGAGUUUGUCGGCACUUUUCUGUUCAUGUUCAUCGGCAUCGCCGGCAACAGUACAGUCGACAACGAUCCGGCCAACAAAAUCCAAUUUGCUGGCGGUGAAAUCUCCGCAAAUCCUGCCAAAGGUCUCUAUGUAGCGCUGGUAUGGGGUUUGAGCAUCAUCGUCAACGCGUGGGCGUUCUUCCGGAUAAGUGGAGGCCUGUUCAACCCGGCGGUUACUAUGGCUAUGAUGAUUAUUCGAGCAGUUAACCCCGUGCGCGGCGUGCUCUCAAUCAUCACGCAGAUGGUGGCGAGUAUCCUUGCCGCAGCUAUCUGCUACGGCUUACUGCCACCGGGAAGUCUCCCAGCAACGAAGCUAGGAGACCAGACAAGCAUCACGCAAGGCCUUUUCAUCGAGAUGUUCUUGACGGCACAGGUCGUUCUUGCCAUUUUCAUGCUGGCGACGGAAAAGCACAAGGCCACCUACAUUGCCCCUGUAGGUAUCGGGCUCGCCGUCUUCGCAGCUGUUCUUGCGGGACAAUCAUAUACCGGCGCAAGCAUUAACCCUGCGCGCUCCUUCGCCGUAUGCGUUGUGCAAGGCCGAUUCCCAGGUUAUCAUUGGAUAUAUUGGGUUGGUCCAGGACUCGGAGCCCUGCUUGCUGUUGCAUUUUACUUGCUCAUUCGGAAGUUGGAGUACUGGACAGUCAGUCCGAACAUUGAUGAGUACCAGAGCAACGUUGGAGAGAAGAUCAUUGCGGUGAAAGAUAGGAGCUAA